GUUCGUGAAAUGAGAACUGAGGCCGAGGUUACAAAAACAUGAGACUGACGCUAGAUUGUCUGUUACUGUUAGUAGAACUAGAAAUGUAUCUCCGGCAAUUUUUGUUGAAAUUCUUCUAACUUUGUUUGCUUAUAUAGACAUCAACUUAGUGUUUAUCAAAUUUAAUAUGUCAACAUGAUUUUAGUAUGUAAAAAACGUUCGAAAUGGGCUCUAGGAUAAGAGAAAAUCCAGCUCAUGUUUUUGACUGUUUUUGUGAAAUAUCAGUGCCAACAAGAGGUUGUGAAGUGGCUUCAAUACAACGGAGCUAUCCUGAAAAAUACAGUGAGGAGGAGAUUCUCAAGUCAGUACCAGAAUUUGCCUUUCCGUGUGAAUUCACCAUUAAGCAUGUCCAGCAUUUUUCAUUUAUCCUCACAAAUAUUGACAGUAGGUGGACUUUUGGAUACUGCAGGCAUGCUCCUGACACCCCUACCUCUUAUGUAUUUCUCAGUGCUCUUCCUUGGCAUGAAACCUUUUAUAGACUCCUUAACUAUGUUUCUGAAAUUGCAUCGAAGAAUGAGGAAGCUGUUUGGACAUUUCUUGGGGCUUUGUAUCACAUACCAGUUCCAAAUCCUGGACAUACUCUACAUGUUUUGUGGGACAAAGACCAAAAUCAGUUCGUGGCACAGUGCCCUGACCACAGGAAGUUACCAGCUAUUCCUGAAAAUAGAAACCUCAUGGAAUACUUCAGUGCUGUUGAUGUACACAACAUGAUAAUGCUUUUUGCAAGCUUGCUUCAUGAAAGGAGAAUAGUUAUAACAUCUAAAAGAUUGAGUCGCUUAACUGCUUGUGUUCAGGCUGCAAGUGUUCUGUUAUACCCUAUGCAAUGGCAACAUAUAAUUAUUCCAGUGUUACCAGUGCGUCUACUCGAUUAUUUAAGUGCUCCGAUGCCUUUUUUAAUUGGUGUCUCAGAACCAACAAUGUCGCAGGUCGACCAGACUGAACUGGGAGAGGUGGUACUCUUGGAUGCCGAUGCUAACAAGAUUUACACUCCUUUUGAUGACCUCCAGACACUGCCUGGUGAAAUAAUUACUUCUUUGAAAAAAAACCUGAAAAACCCCAAUGCUAUGCUAGGCGAUGGAGUGGCUCGUGCCUUUUUACGUGCUAUGGUCCAGUUGAUUGGAGGUUAUAGAGUUGCUCUGAAAUUGCAAUUAGGAGAAAAAAUCAGCUUUGACCCACGAAAAUUUAUCCAGUCAAGACCUUCUAUGCAGACAUUUUUGGAAAAAAUAUUAAAUCUUCAAUUAUUCCAACAGUUUAUUGAAGGGCGUCUUGAAUUACUGAAUUCUGGUAAAGGCUUUCAUGAUGAGUUUGAGUUUGAAGUCAACAAUUAUGAAGAUAAAAAUGCCAGUGGACUAACAACUCAAUACAAAGAAUGGUUAUUUACUAUGAAGAAGGGUAGUGGUGCAUUCUUCAAAAGUGUUAAAAGUAAGUUCAAGGAUAGAAGUAAGCAAGUCUACAAGGAUUUCAGAGUGAAAGCUCAUGAAAAACAUCACAAGGAUAGCAUAAAGAAAAAAAACCAAGAUGAUACGCAGCCAAAAAGUGCUCCUUCAAGCCCAACACUUCAUCGAAAUCGUCACACUGUACAUGCAACUAGUAAGAUAAAGUAUACCAGUAAUACCAGGUUUUCCUCAACCAGGUCUGUUAAAGAACUUAAGGCAGAAAAUUCUAGUACAUCCAGGUUACAGCAAAUGAAACUGUUAGAUGUUAAUGAAUACAUGGAAGGGACAGAAAAUUCUAUGUCGGAUAAUGACACUAGUCCUUCUCCAAGUCUACAAAGAAUAAACUUAGACCUCAUGGGGGACCUUCAAGAUCUGAUCUUCAGUCGACAAACCCAUGGAUCUCUGGAGAGUAUUGCAGCUUCCUCAGCAACAAGUGACUCCACCUCUGUUGACCUGGUUCAACCAUCAAGUAGCAUGGAGAAAUUUUAUAUUGAUUUUCUUUCCAGCCAGGAUGAUCUCACCCAUGAUAACAGACCAAUUCCUCCACCCAGAUCUAAGCGUAGGAAUCAAUUAAGUUUGGCAGCAAUGCACCAGUCUUCCAAAAGCCAGCCAUUUUUAGAUAAAGUAAAAAGUAAAAGCACUUCUAUUAUUCAGCUACAGCCUCUUAUUUCUGAUAAAAAAGUUGAUCAAAUAAAUCCCCACAAAUUAGCUUCAGGAUCCACAAAGUCAUUAGUAGUUUCUGAUAAGUCCACUGCCAACUCUCAGGAUCUCUCUGAUGCUCUGAUAAAGGAGAAACUAAACCGUCCAACAACUUGUCCUGUAAGGCAACAAACUAAUCCUGUAUACUUCACACCACCUGUAACAGUUAAAAGGUUGGAAAAUGGUACAACUACACAACAUUUCAACCAAUCAAAGGACUUACAGGGUUCUUCGUACAUUAGUGGAGAGAGUAGUGGCACUACCCCUUCUCCCCUUUUCUCUCCAACACCUGCCAAUGAUCUCGAAUUGCUCAAAAAAUAUGGUCUGAAUUUUUCAUCAUUGCCUUUAAAAUCUCCAGGAGCCUCCGUGCGUCCUUUGUCUUCUUGUACUCUCUCUCCAUCUUCUAAGUCAACUACGUGGUUUAUGUCAGAUACUUCCUUACCUCCAAAGUCGUCAAAGCUUCAUUUGUCGUCGUCAUCAUCAUCACAGUCACAUUCUCUUGCUGAUCUUGCUAUUCAAAGUAGUUCUGAUAAAUCCCUAAAGGAAUCUGAAAGUAAAGAAAAACACAGGAAGAAAUUGAAUAUUCCUUAAGUUUUGUUUUAUAAUACAGUUAUGGAUCAUUACUAUGUAGAUAGUAAAUUUUAAAAUUGGUUAUUUGUGUAGACAUCACUUCUUUUUUUUUUUAAGUCUAAGUCAUCAAUGGUGUUGAACAUCAUUCUGAAACAGCUACUUUGAAGGACAAUUAAUUGUGUAGGAAUUUCUGGAUGGGUAGCUGGAUUUUUAAUAACUAUCCUAUACGUGCUUCCAAAAGACACUAUGUUCUGUACAGUAAAAUUCAAGGGUAGUGAUGUUGUUUGCUUAAGGUAUAAUGACUUAAGUAGUACUAUCUAAGUGUCCAGAAAACUAACACUUGUACAGCAAAACUAGAAUGUAAUGGUAGUGUUUACUUUAUACAUAUGGGCUCAGAUAGUAUGAUAUAAGUUUCCAGGAAACCUACUCUUACAACAAUAAAACUAAAAGGAAAUAAUAGUGUUUGUUUCAGAUAUAAGAACUUAGAUUGUAUGAACUAAGUUUACAGAAAACCUACUCUUACAACGGUAAAACUAAAAGGUAAUAAUAGUGUUUGCUUCAGAUAUAAGGUCUUAGAAAUUUCCAGAAAAUCAAUGUGUAGUAUAGGUAGAAUAUAAGGACUUAGUUAAUAAAGGUUCCAGAAAUCCUACACUUGUGUAGUAGAAGUGAAUAUCUCGUAUUCUUUCAGAAAGAUUAGUAGUUUCUCAAGGAUUUGACCAGUUUAGUUUUAUUACUCAAAAAAAUUCCAGAAAAUGCUGGUGUUAUCAUGCUUUGUAAUGUUGUAGUUAUUUGGAGAAUGUGAAAUAGUUGUGAUUGAUGUUUUGAAGUCGAUUGUGACUGUUUCUGUAACAACUAUCCAGUAAAACUUUUAAAUAAUGCAUGAGUUAAUAUAAAGUACAGUAGAACAGUUAGUAUCUUCCUUUUAUGUAUGUUACUGUAAAUAAAUGCUUCUAGAUCAGUAUUAUGUAUACAGUUGCUGGAAUGAUGUUUAAAAAUUUAGAUUCAAAGUAAAAUUUUUGACUUUGAUAUGUCUCUUAUAAGCUAGGCCAUAGUUUCUAGUAUAGCAGUUUUUGAAAUAGCUUAAGGUUAUCUUUAGGAUAAUAUUUAUUAACAUUGAUCACUGUAAUAAAAUCCAAUGUUGGUGGGCAUUUUGUUUUAGUUACCACAUUUAAAAUAUUUCUAUUUGUAAUAAAUCAGACUUCAUAAUAUUUAUUCUAGAAUACUUCAUUAGCAUUCAUCUUCAUGUUGACGCAUUACACAGGUUCUUGUUUUCUAAAAAAAUGACGAAGUUCCCCUUAAAUAAACCUUCCAGUUAAAGUAGUAAUCACAUUGUUUGGUAUAUGUAACACUAUCAGUGCAAUUUUUUUCAAGUAAAAUUGAUUGGUUUUUCUACAGUGGUUACCUUUUCAACUAGCACAAAAAACUUUUUAACAACAAUUUCGUAAAACAAUAUUUUAUAAUUCUGAAAUUACUUUGCCUUUCAAAACAUUAAGUUCUUUUUUUUUAACUGACAACAAAUUUGACCAGUAAAAAAAUAGUAAAACCCCAUCUGUAAAAUUCAAUCUAGAUCACAAGAAAGCUUAGUAACAUUAUCAAUAGUACCAAAAUUAGAAAA